AUGGAAGGGGAAAAAAGUCGGUUUGGUGCUGAUGACUUCAACAAAGGCCUCGAGGCUUUGGACAAUGAGAUGGGCAAGGAUGAAUGGCUUAUUGCAUUCGCGCCCAUCACUCUACUUUCCGCAGGGGGGUUCCUCGCUGUCAACUUCUUCAAAAACCGGGAUAGCACGGGGGAUUUCGACUAUCUCCUGGAACCCCAGUGGGCGCAUGAUAAUGACGUCAAAGGGCCGUUGCAUAGUGCGGUGACAAGGACAGCCAAACGUCUAGGUUUUAUCGAGGAUUGGGCAAAUGAGGAAAUGGCUUUUUUUGUGCCCGACAGGUCCAGAGAGCACCUCUACGAAGAGGCAGAGAAACAAAACAUUGUCCUCUGGGAGGGUACGAAUCUGCGUGUUCUUGCCAUCCCAUUGGAGUGGGCACUCGAGCGGAAGUUGAGACGAAUCCACAAUGAAAUGCAGCAGAGCAAAUGGGGGGCUGAUAUAGAUGAUGCCAUUGCGCUGCUGAGGCAUAUGAGGGAGCAGAAUAGAGCUCCACUAGAGAGGGAGCAUAUCCGGACGUUGAACACAUGCUCCAUUGAAAUGCCGCCUGAUCAGGGAACUAUGGAUAAGAUCGCUGCGGCUUAUCGAAACAGGUAUAACGAGGAGCCUUUUUCUUAG